AUGUUGAAAAUUAAAGGAUUUGGUGACUUGUCAACACUUGAAGGCAAAAAGAAACUUGACGAGUUCUUAUCAAAUAGAACUUAUUUUAAUGGUGUAAAUCCAUCCCAAAAUGACUGUAAUUUAGUGAGUGAAUUGUUAUUGGCUGGUACAAAAUAUUGUAGUUUUCCCCAUAUUUGUCGUUAUCUUGAACAUAUGAGACAUUUUACUCCAACAGAGCUAUCUUUAUUUCCAACUGAAGAAUAUGUAGCAGAUUGCCAAAGUGAUAAAUGCAGUUCCAAACAUGAAGAUAAGUCAGAUAAACCUGAUGAUGACUUUGAUCUAUUUGGAGAUAAUAGUGAAAGUGCAGCUGAUAUCAAGAAAGUUAUGGAGGAAAAGAAAAAGGCUUUGCAAGAAAAGAAAAAGGAAAAACCUGCUAGUAAAUCAUCUCUCGUCUUAGAAAUCAAGCCAUCUUCUCUAGAUGUAGAUUUAGACGAAGUGGCAAAAUUAGUUAGGGGUAUUAAGAUUGAAGGUGUUGAAUUUUCAUCUACUGAGAAGAAAGUCCCAAUAGCUUUUGGCCUAUUUAAACUUCAAAUGGGAGCUACAAUUAUUGAUGACCUUGUUAAUACACAGGAUAUUAUCGACAAUAUUGAAACUUUGGGGAUGACAGAUGAACAAAUUAAGAAGUUCAAUACUAAAUAUGACGCCAAAGAUGAAAAUGAAGAUGAAGAGCAUGGUUUAGUACAAUCAUGUGAAAUUGUUAGUUUUAACAAGCUUUAA